AUGCUACAAUUUUCUCCAAAAGGGAAACCCAUUCAAUGUUGGAUACCACAGGAAUUCACAAGAGGCUGGGAGGAGUAUGCAGAAAAUUACUGUUGGGUGGCGAACACUUACUUCUCCGCAUUGUCCAAAAAACUGCCCUUAGUACCCGAUAGACGAGCCAGUCAUCUAGUGUACUACCAAUGGGCACCAAUCGUUCUUGCAACUCAGGCAUUGUUGUUCUACCUACCCUGUCUUCUUUGGAAGGUGGGAAUGCGGAAUUCCGGCUUUUCCGUGCACCGAGUACUCCAGUUAGCCGCGGAGUCAAAUGACCUCGUCCCAGAGGUGGCACAGAAAACUGUGCAUGUAAUGGCAAGAUACCUCGAAACGUGUAUUCAUCGGCAAAAAAUGUAUAGGCAAAAGUACUUUGGAGAGAAGUCCCGUGGUGCUUCCAUGGUCCGAUUUCGGCAUUCGCCCCUCAUAGAGAUGCAAACGCAAUUUAAAGAUUGUGCCGGUUCCAAGGAAAAGGAAUUCUUCCAACCGAUAUCAACUUCUGCAAUAAGCAGCAGCGCAGCCCCAGGUGUUAUUGUAACGACUACAUUUAACCAACACGCCCCUCCAGCCUACAAACCUCUAAUUUCAACCUCCACCACUGCUGCUCUUCAAAUGAGUCGAAAAGCUCCAACCCUCCCAAUGUUGCAGAAGUUUCGAAAAGCUGCGCCACCACCUCCGCCACCACAUCUCUCAACCCCCAUGGCAACCAUUUUUCGCGAUGAGGGAGACUUUUCUAAAUCUGAUUCAUUUCACUUCCCCACCUCCACCGAUGCAGGAAAUCUGGAAGCUGGUCUUUGUGAACAUCUCAUCAAAUCGCCUCCAACCAUCAGCAGUUCAGGAAUAGGUUCUUCAGGUGCUUCCGGUAAGUCAUAG